AUGGCUGUUCUCCGGAACCCGAAGAGAACAACCAUUGCAUCGAGAAGAGAAAUGGAGAAAAUCAUCUACGACCUCUACUCUGAUCUCUUCGACAGCCAUGUCCACUUUCCUUCUCACCAUCUCAGACAGAAUAGGACGAAAACACCUGAAGAACCUUCCGCCAGUGCUCAUCAACACCCUGGCGAGGCUCUUUACACGUUACCUGUCGGAAUGUAA